AUGUCCUUCCUAAAGAAAAUAAAGAAGAACAAAAGUGUUCAUAGCCUUUACUCUAUGGUAUCAUGUAGUGACCUGACACCAGGAAGCCUGGAGGUGUGGCUGGAUCUUCCUGAUUCCAUCAAAUAUGAUCCAGCUCUUGCACCCUUCAAGCAGCUUUAUGAACAGAGAAAUGGUAAACCAAUACAAUCUCCAGAAAUUGUGUCGUCGGAAGAGAAUGGAAACAUUUUUGGAAGAAAAUUUUCAGAAGCACGUAUCCAUGACGACAAACAUGAAAGCAACAAGAAUGGGAGCAGAGUACUCGAAAUCCAGCCAGCUACAGCAGAAGAAAAGAAACUUAAAUCGAAGAGGAAGAAGAAGCUAGACAACGUCCGGCAAUACAUACUCAACACGUCAAACGAUACAUUCACCGCCCUAAUUUCCCUAACUGGACCGUUCGGAGGCCAGACUAAUGAGUCUAAACAACUGUCUAUUUGGCUGCACAGGAGCUUUGGUGAAUUCGAUGAGUUUGGACAGGACUCCCCCAAAUGGAAUAUACAUCUGCAGCCAGAUGAUGUCAUUGAUUUUGCCCCAAGUGCCUCUGAAUCUAAAAUACUCAUGCUGCAACCGAAAAAACAGAGAAAAGUGCCUACGAAUCACACGCAAGAUGAUUUUAUCCAAAACUUCGGAAAUGUUUCAGAUGCCGUCACUCUACGGAUGUCAACGAAUAGCAACAAAACGGUACCUCUCACUCUAACUUACCAGCUACACCCGCUGUCAGAAGAGCAUGGCAUUAUAUUUGCAGCCUUUUUAUUGUGUCUGCUGUAUUUUUUAAUUAUAUUUGAGGUUGUUAACAGAACAAUAGCAGCACUCCUUUCAUCCACCAUGGGCAUAGCAACGCUUGCCUUUCAUGGCACCAGACCCUCACUCAUGGAGCUGGUCUCCUGGCUUGACGUGGAAACUCUUCUGCUGCUGUUCAGUAUGAUGAUCCUGGUCGCUAUUCUUGCGGAGACAGGGUUGUUUGAUUAUUUGGCUGUAGUUGCUUUUGAGGUCACAGGAGGUCGAACCUGGCCUCUCAUCAACUGCCUCUGCUUCUUCACGGCGUUCUUCUCCACGUUCCUUGACAACGUCACAACAGUUCUACUUAUGACACCUGUUACUAUACGAUUAUGCGAAGUGAUGCAGCUAAACCCAGUACCAGUUCUGAUGUCCAUGGUGAUAUUUAGCAAUGUGGGGGGAGCAGCUACACCAGUUGGGGAUCCGCCGAAUGUUAUUAUAGCUAGCCACCCAUCGAUUUUAGCUGCUAACAUAAACUUCACCAACUUUACUCUCCACAUGGGUCUGGGCAUUCUUCUGGUGAGCGUCCAGACCUAUUUCCAACUCCGCUACAUCUUCAGAGACAUAAAUACGCUGAGGCAUUCUGUGCCAAGAGGUAUUGUUGAGUUACGCCAAGCAAUUGCUGUGUGGAAACGUGCUGCAGCCUCACUGACUUCCUACUCAAGGGACGAGGAUCUAGUCAAAAGAGCUCUAGAGAAAAAGGUACAAAGGUUGAGUACAUUACUAAUGAAGAAAGAAGCCGGCACUGGAAAGCCUAAAAACGACCCUCUGUUUUGUUCCACUCUUGCGCAGAUGAAACAAAAGUAUCGAAUCCGAGACAAGCCGCUCUUAAUAAAAGCUUCCAUAUGCGUGGCUUUUGUGGUAGCUGUAUUCUUCCUCCACGCAAUACCACAAUUACAAAACCUAUCACUGGGCUGGACUGCGCUAUUGGGAGCUAUUCUGCUUCUCCUUCUAGCAGAACGAGAAGACUUAGAACCAAUUCUGGCUAGAGUCGAAUGGUCUACUCUUCUCUUCUUUGCUGCAUUGUUUGUAUUGAUGGAGGUUCUCUCAAAAUUGGGCCUCAUUGCGUGGAUAGGAAAGCUUACAGAAUCUGUCAUUUUGAAAGUCGGUGAAGAGUCUCGACUAGCUGUUGCAGUGAUGCUAAUCUUAUGGGUAUCGGGUUUGGCAUCUGCCUUCGUUGACAACAUACCGCUGAGUACUAUGAUGGUGCGUGUCACAGCUGCCUUGUCUGAUCCAUCUGGGCUUGGCUUACCGUUGCCGCCUUUAGCAUGGGCCCUGAGCUUCGGGGCAUGUCUUGGUGGAAAUGGUACACUUAUCGGCGCAAGCGCAAACGUAGUAUGCGCAGGAGUGGCAGAACAACACGGCUACAGAUUCACCUUCAUGCAGUUCUUGAAGAUCGGCUUUCCCAUUAUGAUUGGCAAUCUGAUCAUCGCAUCUAUUUAUUUGGUGAUCUGUCAUGUUUUGUUUACUUGGCAUUGA